AAUCAAUCUCCGAUAACGAUCAAACCUCCUCGUUGAAUCUUUAAAAAAAAAUUGGUCAAACCUGUUGAGAAACAAACAAGGCCUCCUCGCAAUUUGCCGGCCUAAAUAAACAAAGGGGCCGGGUGAAGAAGCCCGUAAAUCUCUGCGCGGAUCGUCGGCCGAAUAUCCCAACCACCAGUCACCGGAUCUCUCUCUCUCUCUCUCGAGAUAACCCUUGAUUCGAGUAACGAUGACCAACGCCGGCGACUAUACAUACGUCAUCCACCAAAAUGCUUACAUCAAGCUCGUCCUCCACGCCUUAAACCACAAAACCUCCGCAGUUAACGGCGUCCUCCUCGGCCGGAUCUCCGGCGAAGCAGUUGAAAUCACCGAUUCCGUUCCUCUCUUUCACUCUUCUCAGAUCGGACUCUUACCGCCUCUCGAGAUCGCUUUAAUUACGAUUGAAGAGUAUUACAGUUCGCAAGGGUUGAGUAUUGUCGGUUAUUUUCACGCGAAUGAGCGGUUUGAUGAUCUCGAGCUCGGUACCGUUGCUAGGAAUAUUGCUGAUCAUGUUUAUCGCUAUUUUCCGCAAGCUGCGCUGCUUUUGCUAGAUAACAGAAAGCUUGGAGCUUUACGGAACAAGAAGGAUGCAGCUCCUGUAAUGCAGCUUUAUACACGAGAUUCAUCUAAAAGCUGGAAGCAAGUUGAGUCAAACGGACCGAAUAGGUUGACCAUCAAGGAGCCAUCUGCCAACAUCGUCUUGUUGGAUUUUAUUUCAUCCGAAAAAUGGAAUGAUGUCGUCGACUUUGAUGACCACCUUGAUGACAUAAGCAAGGAUUGGUUGAAUUCUGGACUAUUCAAGUGACAUACCAGUUUUGACUGUGGUUUGUGGCAAGCAAAGAUAGAUCAAAGGCUCUUCAAUGCAUCUCUUUUUUUCAUCUUCUGUAACCUGUGUGUUUUUACCUUUUUACUCAAAUGAGGAUUAGUUUCUUAUCUUAUGCCUGUAGUUGGAACUAAACUGCAUUAUGUCAUCUUUUUAAUUUAUAUUUCCGAUUUUAUUUGUAAAACUCAUUCCAAUUAGUAAACAAACAUUAAAAGUUUAAAAUCUA